GUUAUUUUGAUAUUUUUUAUCGGUUUUGUUUUCAGUAAACCUUGACCGAACCGGCAUUUGUUUCUAGUUCGGUUCGUUCUCCUUCUUUACCCUUAGUCAAAUUUUUUUCUCUUUUGCAUGGAUGUCAGUCGUCUGUAAUCUGCUUCAGUACUGGAAUCAUUGUUUUGCCAAUGCCUUCAACUUUUUCUUUUACUGGAUAUCCGUCUAUGGCAGUACUAAAUGUUGAAUUGAAUUCUUAGUUGGGGCAUGGAUCAGUCGGUUCAGUUUGGUUCUUUUGAACUCGGUUCAAAGGAGAUCGGUUCGGUUUUUAUUUUGGAAAACUGCAAUUUGAUCUCGAGCAGCCUAAUUCGGUUCGGCUCCUGGUAACCGAAUUAGAUAAAUUCGGUUCAGUUCUUCCUCUUUUCAGAAUGUGUUGCUAGUGUUCUUUUUCUCUCUUCUACAUGGAUGUCAGCUGGCCAUGUCAGUCAUUGUUUUGAAUUUUAGGAAGGGCAUUUCUCAGUCGGUUACAUUUUUUUUCCUUUCAAUUUUUGACUGCUCUUUCGCUUUUGUUUUCUAGAUUGGGAACCCUGUGGUGCGGUUUGGUUCGGUUCUUCCUCUUUUCAGUUAACCUGUGGUGCUGUUUGGUUCGAUUUUCCUUUUUUAAGGGUUCUACUGCAAUCUCAGUGUCAUGGAGAUGUCAAAGCCGAAAAUGUUAUCCCCAGUUUUACCGAGAUUAUUGUUAUCCGUCACGGUGAAACUCAGUGGAACGUUGCUUCUAAAAUUCAGGUGGCAGCUCUCUAUGGAGCCAAGGAUCUCCAUUGUAUACUCUUCCGAUUUGAAGCGGGCCUAUGAAACAGCUGAGACAAUUGCAAGGAACUGUGGAGGUCUAGAGGUGAUUAAAGAUCCAGACCUUCGAGAGAGACAUUUAGGAGAUCUUCAAGGCUAUUCUCCUCGUGAAACAGCCAAAAAUCGACAGAAGGCUUAUCAGGCUUUUGUAUCGGGGCAGAAAGAUCUGGAAAUUCCAGGUGGUGGGGAAAGUUUAGAUCAACUCUACCAACGUUGCACAUCUUGUUUAUAUAGGAUUGCAAAGAAGCACAGAGGAAAACGAGUAGUUGUGGUAUCUCAUGGUGGUGCAAUCAGAGCACUCCAUGGACGGGCUUUCCCGCAUGGACCUUCAGCAGGGAAAAUCAUGAAUACAUCUGUUAAUAUAUUUCGCAUAUCUGAUGAGGAUGAAUGGACCAUUAAAGUCUGGGGCGACGUCAGUCAUCUCAACCAGACUGGAUUUCUGGACUCAGGUUUUGGUGGGGACAAAACUUCUGGUUAGUUAUGCAUGGCACUGUCAAGUGUCAACAUCAACUUAGGUGGUGCUUAGUUGAAGAAUAUAAUUGUUCUGCAUAACUGAAAAUCUAGAAAAUAUUGCUCUUAGGACCCGUUUGGCCAUAGAUUUUGCCAAAAUAAACUUGGGUUUUAUUUGGCAAACAUAUGUUUGGCCAUAGAUUUUGCCUAUAUAUUGGCAAAAUCCCAAAUCCCAAAACCACCUAUUUAGCUGAUUUUGGGCCAAAUCUCUAAUAAUACACAUGUUUUUCCAAAAUAAAUUUGGAAAAUAUAUUUUGAAGACGUAUGUUCAAACACAUUUUCAUCUUCAAACCAAACUUUACCCAAAUCAGAUUUUUCAAAACAAAUUUGGGAAUCUAUGACCAAACGCUAGCUUAAUCUAUCGUUGUUUUACUAGCUUGUUGCAUUCAAACUCUGAAAUAUCGCCAGCAUAUUAUAGUACAGCUCACCUAUUUUCUCCA